CCGCCAACUCCGCCCAUGGUCAGAAUGACGCGCUCCAAGACCUUCCAGGCGUACCUGCCUAGCUGCCACCGAACGUACAGCUGCAUCCACUGCCGAGCUCACCUGGCCAAUCAUGACGAGCUCAUCUCCAAGUCGUUCCAGGGCAGCCAGGGCAGAGCCUACCUGUUCAACUCAGUGGUGAACGUCGGGUGUGGCCCUGCAGAGGAGAGAGUUCUGCUCACGGGCCUGCAUGCUGUAGCAGACAUCUACUGUGAGAACUGCAAGACGACCCUAGGCUGGAAAUAUGAACAUGCCUUUGAGAGCAGUCAGAAGUAUAAAGAGGGCAAGUUCAUCAUCGAGCUGGCCCACAUGAUCAAGGACAACGGCUGGGACUGA